CAGGCUAACUUUAAUAAUGACGUCUUGUAGAUCUUAUGACUGAAGAUAAACGCCGGGGAAAAUGGCGAAAGGUUCUUCGUUUGUGGUGGUAUUUUUCCCCAGUUUUCUCGUUUUCUUUCUAUUUGCAGCACCUUCGAUUGCACCUCCUGCAUUACUUUCUGAUUCCUACAGUCAAAUUGCACAGAAGUUUGGAGUUCCAUUUCCGCUUCCCCAACUUCCAAGUUUGUCUCGUGGCGUCUCUGAACACUGCAUCCACAGCCUCUACAAUCUGUUUAGAAACCCCAAACUUCUGGCGUAUUGUAAGUAUGAAUAAAAUAAAAGCUUGAUCGCAUUCAGUCCAUUUCAAGGUUGAGUUGAAGAACAAUUGGCCUUUUUUCUGUGUAAUGGAUUCUUCGCGCGAUCUACCGCGUUCUCAUGUGGUGUGGCCGCCGGUUAUUAGCUAAACCACUCACGACUCUGUGAUUCAUGAUGGCCAACACGACUAGUUUCCUUAGUCUCAAACUUAGCAGCAUUACCAGCUAGGCUUUGAAACACUUCAGUAAUCAGUUACCACUCACUCGGUUGUUUUCUGCGGCCAGAUUUGGCUGAAAUGUUGAAGUUGACUUUUAGGAAAAUGAUACAGGGUGUGAUUUAUGUACUAAGAGGUCAUGUGACAUCGUUUUUAUGAAAAUGAAAGGUAUAUGACUUUGCCUUCGAAAAACGAUCAGUGGGUCAUAUCUUAAACAAAAUAAUAGUGAUUUGGUUUUUCAAACCCGCGCCAUUUUCUUAAGGGCCAAUGUCUGUAAUUUUCGUAAAUUGGUUGACAGUCGUGAAUUUUUGAAUUUCUUCAUAUUUUGCCCAAAUAAUCUCUAUAGUACACUAAUUUAAAAGACCACGUUAAAACUUGUAACGGCUUUUUAUUUUUUCAGGAAUCAGGUAAAAAUUGAAAAACUCUAAAUCGGCGCUCUUUCGAGUAUGAUAAUAUCUCUAAAUGAAAUCAAGUUACAAAACAGACACGCGCUUUUACUUUAUAAUUCAGCAAUUAAUUUUCAAUUUUCCGUUUAAAUGUGACUGUGCCGGCCGAAAGAAGAAACACGGUUUCAGCACUUUUCAAAAAUGGCAAAUUUGACCUAACUUCACCAUCGUUAAAACCCAGUUGGGACUUGGAAGAAGAAGAACUGUAUUGAAGCAUAUCCUUUGUUGUUGUUUGUGUCAAAAUAUUUCUGGCGGCAUUUAAUUUCAAACGCGCCCCGUCGAUAGACCAAAAUCUGAACGGUAUUUUGACACCAGAAAAGCGCGUGCAACAAGCAAGUUUCGUCGCUUCGAAUAUUACAGGGGCACCCAACGAGGAUAUCCACUUAAACAUAGCAUUGUUAAACGUAUUUUAGUAUUUAAAAGGUAGAUAUAGGCAUAUUUUUAUCUCCUAAAAAUUUUUCAUCUGUUCGGAUUUCCUAGCUGAAAGUCUAGUGAUGAGAUGCGAAAAUGAUGGGGUUCAAAAGUUACCUUUUCGAAAAUUUCAGCGAGAAAAAAGGCUACCGAAAAUUCUAGGUGACCUUUUUAGGGUAAAAAUCCGUUAAAAAUGGCCAAUUAUACCAUUGUUUGGAUGUUCGAAAAUCCUAGGAGAGGCAGGCAACCUAGAAAUUUUACAACAAAUGUUCCGAAAAUUCUAGAUCUCAACUCGUCUUCCGAACAGAUAUUUUCCGAAAAUUGCCGUUGGGUGCCCCUGAUAUUAAUCGUCUAUCGCAAACAUAAGUUUCUUCGACACUUAAACCCUAUUCAGAGUUGUAACGGUUUCAGACUAUAUUUCGGCGUUUCUGUUCGGUUUAACAUGAUUCCUUUCAGACUGAUUUUGGCUUUGAGUCUUUAUUGUACGUUCGUAUAGCCUCUCGCACAUAUUCAAACUUGGGUGGUGGCGCCUGUGGCCCCAGUAAUGCUGAAUGUAUUGCAAUUAUAGAAAAGAUGUCUUGUGUCACUUGGUAUGCUCACUUGUUAGUCACGAGAGUAGGUAGGGCAAUAACCAAACAUCGACCCUACCAUGCUAAUGAUAAAAGUAAGGUUUUCUGCAUUUACGUUAGGCAUCUUUGUUUGAUCCACAAAAUUGGCGCAUGAAAAUAAGAGUUUUCCUUCACCACCGCUAAAUGUUUGGCUCCGCAUCGCGGUGCAACAAAUCACGUGGUACCGUUCCAGAACAGCCUACUGGCUUCUCAUAAAGGGGUCCGUAAAGGCACACUGAUUGAUGACUCUGUAUGGCCUGAAGAAAAUGAUAUACGCAGACGUUUUCUGAGCGACGAAGUUCCAGCCUUUACACUCCUUUUUCGUUUCGAAAAUAGACGAGCACGAGAGAGACGAGAGAGAGCCCGUUGGGCUAGUGCUCAUUAAAUCCCCAGCGGUUUUUAUUUUAAUACGCGAAAUCGACGAUCUCCAAAGAGAAAAUAGAUCGACGAUCUCUAAAGAAAAAGUAGAAGGUCUGUGAGCAGGCUACGAAGGUGCUUGCUAUUAUUUUAGUGAACAUUACAAGAGGUCUCAGGUGACUAUGCUAACAUCACGAAAAGUUUACUUAGCUUGUUUAACUCUAGGGAAGGAGGACGAGAUGGGUGGGUUGGUUUGCAUUAGGUUCUCUAUUAGGUUCAACCCUACACAUACAAAAUACAAAAAUUCAUGUCUUUAUCACUACAUUUAGAGCUAGCAGACUUGCUUGAUCCUCACCACAGCUGAAUGUUUGGUUCCGGGUGGCGGAGCACAAAUCACGUUGUACCGUUCCAGAACAGCCUACUGGCUGCUCAUAAAGGGGUCCGUAAAGGCACAUUAAUUGAUGACUAUGUGCGGCCUGAAGAAAAUGAUAUACGCAGACGUUUUCUGAGCGACGAAGAUGCAGCCUUUACACUUCUUUUUUCUUUCGAAAAUGACCACGGACUUUUCUCCUUGCUCUUUGCCACUAGGCUGUCGUUUUUGCCUGAGAGAUACCACCACGAAGGAGUUUUUGCACACAAGUCACUGCAGGUGAAAACCUAGUGAAAAGGGAAUUCUCCAUCUGAAAUUUUAAAUCGAAAUGAAAUGCCAUUUACAGCCUUUUCCUUUUUUCUCCGCAACGUAUUUGGUUAAAACAUAGUAAGUAAAAUGGGUGAGGCAUUUUUAAGCAUAUUUUCAUUUACGCGACGGAUUUUUAUGUUAUGGAAAAGAACUUGUCAGUGAAUUGGUUUAUUUUCUAGCCUGCGAACAAGUGUCGUUAGGUGGUGGCAAACAGAGGCAGGUGACUAUUCCCUUUUUUAGGGGAGCUAGCAUGUACGUACAUUCUGGUCUAACAGCUCGUAUUGCACGCGUCCUAUGCGGCUCAAAAUAGCUCUGCACGCACGAGAUCUCGUCGAGAUCUGCCAUACUGUGUAGACUGGCCUCGUCUGUUCGAGGGGCGGGGGAUCAGAUAGUUUAGAAUUCGUCAACAGCAGGUUGAGGUCUCGCCAGAAGAUGCCCUUGCUGCAGAUGAGCAAAGCAAUACUACUUUCAGUAAUUGAAACAUGUUAAAUACUUGUAUUUUGCUCAUCAAAUGUGUCCAUUUUCCAUUGUCGAUUUGUGGUUUUUCAGGAAUUUUUCAAACAGUUUUACUCAUUUCCAUUUCCCUGCUCUACUUUCAUGUUGCAUGUGGCGUACGUGUGUACCCAAAUCCCUCAAUUCAUUCUGAGGUGACCGAAAAAGAAGUCUAUGCGCCGCUGAGCGGGGUUGAGAUUAGUUUCUUACAGGCAAAGGCUCAGAAGGCUGAGUGCAAAUAAAAGAAAACUAGUCUGAAAAGUUUGCAGACUCAGCUUACUCUAUUUGUUUUCUUGCUAGGUUUGGGUUUCGGUUUGUACGUCCUAAAAUCAAGAUUAGUUCGAAAUAUUUUGGAGAAGUCGUUAUAAAACUAAAACAUAAAAAAGUUUCAUUGUCAUUUUAUUUUUUCUUGUACACUCGUGCAAUGAUUAUUCCUUGUCUGUACAGUUGCGUGACCUGACUCAAAUCACACGCGGGCUUUCACUCCUUUCACGGCGUUAAGUCCAAGAUUUCAGUAAACUGCGGCUACUUUCAGUUGAAACCACUGUUGUAAGUUAAUUCUUAUAGAUCUCGUGUCCCAUUCAGAGCUAGCACGCCGUUUCUAGCGGCUUUGUUUUAGGUGCAGAGACUCGAGGUGAAUAUUUACACUGUAAGGCCUUAACAGCGUUGUCUUUUUCAGCUACUUGCGUCCAAUCAAAUGCAGUAUUUUUUUUUUUUUAAUAAAUAUCAAAUUGAAAAGUACUUUUCAAAAGAUUUUAAGAGCUUCCCUUAAUGUGCCCCUUGUAUAAGAAGCUAAGUUUGCAAAAACUUCCGUGUGCCUAUACUCGCGGCUAGUGACUGUCUGUGUUUGUUUUGCGACUUGAUUUCAUUUAGAGAUAUUAUCCCGUUUUUAUGUACGAGCGCGAAGAAAAUACUUAAUUUUCGCUAAUUUCAUACGAAAGAAUUAUAAAGUAAAAGCGCGUGUCUGUUUUGUGACUUGAUUUCAUUUAGAGAUAUUAUCAUACUCGAAAGAGCACCGAUUUAGAGUUAUCUUUGCCCGAUUAAUGAAAAAAUAAAAAGCCGUUACAAUUUUAAUGUGAUUUUUGAAAAAAGUGUACUAUAGAGGUUAUUUUGGCAAAAUAUGAAGAUAUUCAAAAAUUCACUACUGUCAACCGAUUUUCGAAAAUUACAGACAUUGGCUCUUAAAAUGAGUAAUUUCGUAGCUCAUCACGUGACCACAAUGUGAUUUUUAAAAUUAUGAAUUGCACCUCCAACCUCGUUCCCAGGGUUCUCUCCUACCCGCCCUACGUAGGGCAGGUAGGAGAGAACCCUGGGAAAGAGGUUGCUGUACCUCUUUCUGAACACAAAUUUUGCUCUUAAAUUUCAAGGAAAAUGUUGAAAAGAUGAUGCGGUAACGUUUACAGCACAUCUGAGCAUACGUAUCAAACGUUUAACAAGAUAUAAGCAAAACGUAGUUUUGGCCGCCAUGUUGGAGGGCAAGAGUAUGCCCUUCAACAUGGCGGCCGAUACAAAUCAUACCACUUUGUUGAAAAAUCAAAGUGCCAUAAAAUAUCUCCCUUAAAUGCUUUUCCUCUCAAAUUUCGGGCGUAAGAUAAUCUCUACGUGCUCUGUCAAUUUUUGGCAUCCGCAAGAUUCCAACUCAUUCAGUUUAAAGCAAGCAUUGAUCACUUGACCUCUUAGUGCAAGUGAGCUAUCAUCAAAGGUUACAAUCACCCUUAGUUGAAAGCAGUUAUUCCUUGCAUGUCUGUGGCACUGGAAAAUCUUCAUGAGUGAUCAGCUGUUCGCACCUCCGAUAGAGGGAUUUAACUGUCUUUUUUUUCUUGCCGUUUUGAAGAAGGAAAAUGUCUUCAUAUUACAACUAUUUCGAGAAAGGUUGUCGGAAAAAGUGCGCGCGACAGUCCUGAAAGGUAUUGUGGGUGGUGUUGAGUUCACUGUUCUGUGUUCUUCAGAGAAAUUUGACAGAAUGGCAAGAGAGGCCAUAGAACAUGUUUGCGAAUGCUAAACGAAAGCAACAAUAGAAAAUUCGACAGCUACAGUGUCAGGAACAGAGUGUUGAUCAUAUCCCAUAUUACCUUUCAGGAUUGUCGCGUGCACAUUUUUUCGGACAACCUUUCUCGGGAAAGCUGUAAAUAUAAUGUUUUCUAUAUGCAGGAGGCCAUGCACAAAAAGUGUUUUAGUGCUAUCCCCCGAUAAAAUCAAGUGUGUAAUCUGCCAGUGCAGCACCAUUAGCAAUUGAUUAUCAUUUUUUAAUACCUUUUGGUGCAAAUGUAUAAAGCAGAUGCGUUGUUUCACAUCAAGAAGAAAAUUAUUUUAAUUCAGUUCAGUUCCCCAUAAGUCAGUUGCCCUGACGAAGUCUUUAAUAAAGACAAAAUAUCGGCAAGAGUCGUUUCUUCCAGUUUAUUGAGGUUACGUACAAAUGAGGUAUACUUUUUAAAGGGUUUAAAAGUAUACUGAAUUUCUACAAGGGCGCGCGUGCGCGACUACGUUAAUACUACUACCUUACCCAGAGAUUUUGAGGAACAAUACAAGCAUUACGUAAUAGCCUGUUGAGAUUUCCUUUCAAUUUAACUGAAUAAUGAUGUAGAGGUUGAAAAAACAAUUUGAAUUUGGUUCAGAGCAUAACAUUGUGUAUAUGUUGUAGUGCAAAUCUUUUCUUGGUUUAAAUUUUAUUUUCUUUUGUUCCAAACUCAUUAUCAUACAUUAUCAUGCACAAAAACAAAAGAAAAUUUAAACCAAGGAUAAAAUUGAACCACAACAUAUAUAUCCCCAUCUAUUUGUACUAACAGCCUGAUUUUUGCCAAUCCUGUAAUUUCACAAAUUUAAAUUCUUGUGACGUCAAACUGCUCUAUAGCCCUUUCAAGAUUAUAGGUGAUCAAAUUUCCUUUCCUAUUUAAUAUGAGACCAUGAAAAAGACAACACUCAAGUGUUUAAUUUGUUAAUAUGUCAACAAGAUAUAGAAUUAUUAUAUUAUUGUAUUUUUUCGUGCAAUCAUAGAUUGAAUUUUUUUCCUUACAUGUCUCUUAAAGAUUUUGAUCGAUGAUCAAUUUUAAUUGAUAAUCAGCAGAACACUAAUUGAGUAUAAUAUUCCUCAAAAUUAGAUUCAUUUUUUUUCAGACUUGGAUGCUACUGGUAAGCCUCCCAGUGGAAUUCUUGUUGGAAACAUUGCCUCGUUAGGAUCGUAUGAUGAGUGCACAAAUUAUAUUCCUGACGCACAUUACUGCAUGGUGAGAAGAAAUAACAGAGCAGUACUAAUAUGCACUCACCAUUAGAUUACCAUCUAAUGUUCAUCUUGUUUGCGAUAGACCUUGAGAAAUAACUUGUGAAUGGCAAAACCACAGCAUACUAUCAAACAAAUAAUUAUGCUUCCCAUUGUGUAGCAUUAUAUCAAAGCCAUAUCAAAUGUUACAAACAACGGAAUGAAGUUUGACAAACUGUUCGGCUGACAAGUUUCCGGUGCAGUCCAUUUUAAACUUCUUUAAGUUUGUCAAUCCGUGUCUUUAUCUGUAGGGAGGCAAGCUGAGGCAGCGUGGCUGAGCAGUUAGAGCAAUAGACUCGUAAUCUAAAGGCCCCGAGCUCAAGUUCUGCCCUAACUGCUAGCUGGAUUUGUCCACGGUAGUCCUGAGCUAAAAUCUACAGCCACGCUUGUAAAUUAAAGCCCACUGGUUUGCCUCCUUUUUUGGCCAGAUUGGAGUUUUAACCUUAUUUAACCUUGUGGCUUUAUUUGUUUCAUUAUCCCUGAAAAGCCCCAUAAGAGGAGUGGAUAAUUAAGUAUUUCGAAGUAUUUACUUCCUAAAUGAAGAUAAUUUGGAAAAAUUCAUUUUUUUUAGCGGCAGGAGUAUUUUGCCGAACGCUGAAUGCAGAAUGCAAAACGCCAAAUGACGCUGACGUUUAGUGAUUAGGGUUUGGAAAUGGAGUGAAUCAAUUUCCAUUUAGAGUCAUUAUAUCGGGAAAAUUGACCGGAAAGUUUAUUCACCCUGUUUCCUAACCCUAAUCACUAAACUUCAGUGUCAUUUGUUAUUCUGCAUUCUACAUUCAGCGUUCUGCAUUCUGCAAAUAAAAUACCCCUGUUGUACUUUUUAGAAAAAGAGGACAAUAAUGUGUGGGGUGAACUUCUAAUUAGUACUCCUUACUUAUUAAGACUACCUUUUCUCUUAUUCCAGUUACAUCCUAUACCAUGGGGAAUAUGUGCACCGAAACAAUGUGAUGAGAAAGAUUUAACUAAAUUGGUGGAUAUUUUUUUUCCUGGUAAGGUGGCCAUUGUUUAUAUUGAAACGUUUAUUUUUUCAUUUAUGCUGACUAAAGUGUGGUGUAUACACUUACUUGGUUAUGAUCGAUGAUCAACUGAGCAGCGUGCAAAGAAAGUCGUCUCUGAUUUCCCGGGGCUAGUGUAUUUUGGGGAGCUAACUUUGCCCAAAAGGCAAGCUGCAAAACUAACUUUCUUUGCACCCUGAGGGGCAGUCUGAUUUUUUCAGCUGGUCAAUAACAACUUUAAUCAUCUCUGGUUUAUCAUACUAGCUUUCCUUGUUUUCUAAGUGAGCUUUUUCAGAAUUACCCCGCCAGACUAAACUGUCUGUAAAUGGAGCAUGUCUUCCAGCUAAAUUGCAUUAUACUCAGCUCUUGUAGAAGGACCAGUCAUUUCUCACUCUUUUGUGUAAAUAACUGCAAGAAAUUUGCUAAUGAACAGCGAUUUAGUGGAACAGAGACAAUUUAAAAAAAGCAUAAAAAGCGGAGGUUUCGGCGUCAUCAUAAUGUCAUUGGCAAAUUACCUUAUUGAUAAACACCAGCACAGAUCAUUAAGCAGAACCUUUUCGGUGCAGCAUUUGACUGAAAAUUAGCAGUACAGCUUGUCUGUGGGAAGAAAUCUAUGAUCGACCACUUCUCAAAUUUGUUUUCUUAACUUUUCUUAUAAAUUUGUUGUUAUAAAAUUUUAUAAAUUUAUAAUAACAAAUUUAUUUGAUGUUAGUUGUUAAAAUAGUUUUUGGAUUUUACUUAUGUUUUACUAGAACUAAAAAUCAAUGUCCAGGUUAAGUAAUACCACUCACAAGAGCUAAUGUAACAAUAUAACAUGGUUAACUGCGUGAUCAGAGUACGAUAACUAUAUGUUCUCUCUUUUCCCUUUCAGUUCUCAAAUUACCGGUAGUUAACAUAACGACUGAAUUCAGUCUUCGAGUGGCUAAAGGAAGCAAAGAGGCUAAACCUAUUUACUUUGUAUGCAAGAAAGAACCAGAAUACACAACUGGAGUGAUUGUUACUCUGUAAGUACAUAGCUAUAUGAAUCUUUGAAAUAACAACUGUGCAGAAUUUUUAGAACUAGUCGUUACAAAAUGAUAGUAUUAUAGAUAAGAAUGAUUAUUCAUAUGCAACUAGCCUACCGUAAAAUUCCGAAAAUAAGCCCCAGGGCUUAUAUUUUUCAAAGGCCUUUUUGAGGGGCUUGUAUUCAGAGGUGCCUAUAUACGGCGGGAAAUUUGUGUUUUAAAAUCGCCUAGGCUCAAUGUAAUGGGAGGGAAAUAUGCGUCUUUAAAUCCAAGCCAAGAUUGAAGAGUGAACUACGGAAACAGCAAUAAACUGUGACACUUUUUGACAGCAAUCAUUUGGCACACGUAAUAGCUAUAGUCCUUUGGCAAAUGCAGUGUGCAGUUUUUUGCUUUGUUUUAUUUGGAAUUUGAGGGCAAUUUCCAAGUACAAGCCCCUGGGGGCUUGUAUUUGGAGGGGCGAUUUAUCAGAGAGUUUUUUUGUUACUACUUUGGGGGGCUAAUAUACAUGUAUUUGGACGGGCUUAUACAUGGAGGGGCUUAUUUUGGGAAUUUUACGGUAGCCCAAGUAUUAAGUCGCAAAUUUGAAAUAUUGUGCCACUAUGUGUUCAAAGUAAUGCAAAUUGUAACGGGAAGUAUCUAUAUGUUUUUGUUUUUACAGUUUGUCACAUGUAUUGGGGUACCGAUGAUCGAUUAUAAUCAACCAUCAAUCAAAAUCUUUAAGCAACACGAUAAUCAAUUUUAAAAAACGUUCAAUCAAUUAUUGCAGGAAAAAAAACUUGAUGUAGGCAAAUAAGAAUAUUAAAUACUUGUGUGUUGUCUUUUUAUCGUCUCACAAUUCAAGGAGAAAGAGAAUUUAAUCACCUCAAAGCACCAAAAAAAUUGAGGUUCAUCGGAGAAUCAAACUCACGACCCUGUGAGUUCUAGAUCAGAUGCCCCAACCACUGAGUUACUGAAACUCUAUGGCAAACAGGGCUUAAUCCACUUAUGCCCCUUAUGUGAAACAUACAUUUGUUGUAUUGAAAGUUUGAAAUAGUCACCGUACUGAACUUGGCCAUAAAUCAUUGGGUGUUACGAAAACCAAGACCGUCUUAGUUUUUGAGAUUACGAAAACUCUAAAAUUGAAUUCGUCGAAGUAUGAAGUCAAGUUAUAACCGAGGUAGGUCUAAUCUGUCAAAUUAUCUUCUGACCGAUCCUUUCUACGGAGAUUUAGGUCACAUUUAGCGGUAAAUUUAGGGGUCUUAAGGUUUCGUAGUUCCGAAAACAAAGACCUCUCUUAGUUUUCGUUAUUACGAAAACUAUAAGACCCCCCACAAAAUCAAUCCGUAAAAUAAGUCGGUUUACGACCGUUCCAAGACUACAUUCUUUAAAACUGGGUGUAAAACUACUGAAAACUACUAUCCUUCUUCUACCUUGCAGACAUAUCAGAAUUCAGGCUUGCCCAAGGAUGAAAGUCAUACACUACCUGUGUAUAAUAAAAAUUGUACACUGAAAAUAUGCCUUACCCUGAUUUAUCGAUAAUUUUGGUAGUUUAUCCUUAAAAUCUUAAAAUUAGCAUUCUGCUGUAGAUAGAUUUGCUGACCUCUCGACACACAACUGUCAUGUAAUCUUCACUUUUUUGAGCUGGCAUGCACGUUUUUUUCAUGGUUUAGUUUAGUUUUAUGUAUGCAUACGCCAGCAACGAUAAAAUAACUCUUGGAAAGCGCAAUGUAGCAUAUACUUUUUUCUCACCCUUUUUAAGAAUGCGUUUUUCUGGCUUUGGCCAGGCCAGAAAAGGGAAAAAAUCCUUAUUUUUGUGAUGUUUAACCGAUAAACCAAUUGAUGAUCAGAUCGGAAGCGAUUUUGAUAAUAUUCAAGUAACGUGAAUCAGGUCAGCCGGCAACGAAGACAAAAAUCAUCUAUAGCAGAAUGCUGAUUUUUCGAUUUUAAAAAUUAUCGAUAAAUCGGGGUAAGGCAUAUUUUCAGUGUACAAUUUAUAUAUACGUAUUCUGUGGCUUUCAUCCUUAUGUAUGCCUAAAUAAAUAAUGUCUACAAAUUAGAAGAAGCGGAUCGGUCGCAAUCCGAUGUUUUAUAUAUUUUACGGAGUGGUUUUGUGGGGGUCUUACUUUUCGUAAUGACGAAAACUAAGCGGGAUCUUUGUUUUCGAAACUACCAAAAUUAAGACUCCUAAAUUUACCGCUAAAUUUGACCUAGAACUCCAUGGAAAGGAUUGCACAGAAGAUAAUUUGACAGAUUAGACCUCCUUAGGUUAUAAUUUGACUUCAUACUUCGACGAAUUCGAUUUUAGGGGGUGUUAGUUUUCAUAAUCUCGAAAACUAAGACCUAAGCCCGUCUUAGUUUUCGAGGGUCUUAAAUUUGGUAACACCCAUAACAGUGUGCAAAGAAAGUAGUGUCCGAUAGCCUGGGGCUAGUGGAUUUUGCUAUCGGGCUAGUGAAUUCUGUUUUUAAAUUGCCCGACGGGCAAGUGAUGUUUUUUGAGGAAUUCGAAUAACAGAAGAACUGUUAAUCAAUUCUGCUAGUCAAAACGUUUUUGGGGCUAGUUGAAAUGACGUCUGGGUUAGUAAACGCUAGCUUCAGCUUGCCCGAAUGACAAGCUGUAAAAGUGAUUUUCUUUGCACCCUGCAUAAAUCAUUAUAUUGCAUCUUUUAAUGAUGGUCCUGCAAGUUUUGUUGUCAAAAUGUAGGUUAAAUAUAUGUUUGAAAAUAGAAAGUUCUGUUGAAUAUUUUUGUUGUCUAUUUCUUCUUCUAUUUAGAACCUUGUGUGGGAUAAUCUUGUCCCUCUGCCUUGUUGGAACAGUCCUUGAUAUACUCUCUAGCUUUUUCAAACCACGCCCAUCAACAGUGAACAACACUGAAGGAUAUAUGCCUAUCGAAAAUGUUUCCAUAGCUAUUGAUAAUGAUCACGCUCCUCUUCAUGUUCCUGCCUUCGCAGAACAUGAUGGUAUCAGUGACAACUCACAAAUGAUUCAUUCCUACCAAGAGGGGACAGGGGUUCCUGAGUGUUCUCCAUUAACCAGCUCUCCUGAACAGCCGAAGGAACCAAGUAAGUUUUGAGUGUUGUCAGAUAACUUUUUUAAGACUGAUUCUUGCUUGCUUCACUUGGUACUCUUAUUUAUUUUGCAACCUGUUCAGCCGGGACAGUUAAACAUAGCACAAUGAGGCCAUCUUUGGCCGUUUUCUAUUACCUCCAAUUUUCAUCUUGGCAUACAGCAACCCGUUCCUUGGCAAAUUAUUUCUGAAAUAGGUCUUUAAGGGAAUGGUAUCAAGGCAAGAGCUGCAUCCUUCACCAUCCUGUUACUUGGCGGGGAUUGGGGGGUGGGGUUGUUUGCCAUAUGGCUAAUUCUAAAGGGAGUGACUGGGAGAAAGGCCCGUGCAGUGAUUAGGGCAGCUUUCUGUCUUGCCUUUUUCACCUACAGGUGUUGUACCUCUGUUGAAGUGAGGUCACAUGCUGAGGAAUCAAUUUCCCGUGUAUCUUUUGAACCAGAUUUCAGGUUUGCCUGCAGCAGAUGUCAGUUUUCCUUAUUAGGUUAUCUAAGAAAGUGAACAUUAUCAUUGCAGUAGAAUGAACAACCAAAGCGUUUGAAAAAAAAAAUAACUUGAAAAAAAUUCAGGCUUGGGAAUCAAACCCUGACCGUUCCAUUCAAGCUGUAGCUGGAGAGCAAGCCAUUGUGAGUUCGUAAUAUACCCGAUGUUGGAAUUGACAUGAAUAAUUGAUGAAAUGAAUCAUAUUUUGAACUACCGGAUAAAGAUCAUGUUCACUUUCAUAUCUGCACUGAAUACUUUUGUUGAUUGUGAAAGGCAAUUUAUUUGUUUAAUUACAAGUACUUUUUUAUACACACAGAUGUGGCGGCACAAUUCCUUUUGUGUUUUUCUCUUAUCCAAAACACAAACCGCAUUUUGAGUACUAAAGUUCCUCCAGGCGCGAUAACAUCAAUCAAUGGCAUGAGAGUAUUGAGUAUGUGGUGGGUUAUACUUGGACACUGUUACUAUUUUAUGCAGUUUCUUCGUCCAAGUAAGUUAUUUCAUAUUUUUAUCACCAAGGUUUUCCCAAAAAUUUACUUUAGAGGACGAAAUAAUUCUAGUAAACCCACUACUGUUUCUGAACACUUUCUCUCUCACUCUAACCAUUCUCAUACUGACAUGCAGUUAAUCCCACUAGAGAAAAUUCAUUCUUCACGUGACUCAGUUCGUAAGGCCAGGGAGUCGCAUUUGAUAGAUAAGGCCAUAACUCUUGAACCUCAUGGCCUAAACCGCCGUGACGAAUUAUUGUAAUCCAUAUCCUUAGUAUUUUUCCUUUCCAGUUUUUGUGUUGUACGUCAUUUCCGCCUCUACCUUUUAAACAAUUUUUAUUGCGACAUUCUCCAUCUAUAUAAUACUGUGAUUGCUACAUAAGUUCAGUAACAUCUGUAAACCUGAAGAAGACUGCUAUGGCCAGCCGAAAUAUUGUUAUAAAAAACAAUACACGUUGUUAUGAAUCAGCUCUGCACUAGUCUUUGGACUUCUCGUUUUUGGUUAUUUAUAUUUUGGCUGAUUAGAUCUCUCUUUUUAGCUCUUUUUUUUGAGAUCCAAUGUUUACAACUAGCAGGAUCUUCGUCCACGGUUUUUGCAGUUAAUUUAAUUCUAGUAGGCAGCAACUGUUUCAAUAUUCUAGAUGCAAAAAGGGCCUUUUGUGCAACCCCAGGUCUGAGGAGUGUCAGUGCAUCUAUAGAUUCGAUAUGCUGUAAUUUUUGCAUGGUUUUGUCCAUGUUCUUUACGUUGGUUUUGGCGGGCACUUUAUUUUCUCUGCGAGACAUCAACUUGACACUUGGACUCUUUUCCCCCAGAAGACACGUGGUAUGACGUGAUUCUGCGGGUGUUAGGAGUUCUGGGUCAGGCAUAAAAUCAGAGUGCACGGAUAUUUUUUCAUCAGAGCCUGAUCUCUGGUUGUUACACCAUACUGACGAGCCCCAAAGAGAGUGAAACAGCUGUCUAUGGCUACAAUCCCGCUCUGUUUUGAGUUCUUUUGGUGUCGUGUUGAUGUCUUGCAGAGUUAAUUUUCACAUGUACUGCAAUGCCGAAUGACAAAAAAUCUAGCCAUCAUACCACGUGUCUUCAGGGGGAAAAGAGUCCAAGUGUCAAGCUGAUGUAAUCCUAUAGUGUAACCAUUUAAAUGAAACCUCUCUUUCUACGUUCUUGCAUGGUAUUCAUUUCCUAGGAUUUUACAAAAUGACAUUUGUUUUUAGUUAGGGUAUGGAAUUAAUCUAGAAGCAAUGUUUUUCCCGGGGGAAUUUUGUCAUGAUUUCAAGCGACCAGUUCAGAAGUUCUAAGGAACAUACUUAAUGUUCUCGGAACUUUUGUAUUGCGUGCAGAGGAUUUUUAGAAGGCAUUAAAUGAAGCGCUCUGCACUGACCUGCAUGAGAACGAGGCUGAAGAAGAGACUUAAGACAAUCUGACUUUUAAAGAGUACUAACAUCAAUACCUUUUCACAUAAACAAAUUGAGACUCAUAUUUUUCACUAAAUUUCGACUUUUUAAUCUUUCUACUCUUCACUGUCAGAGUCCUCGCAUUCGUACUCAGUUUUUAGUGUAUCGGUAUCUUCACAUGCAUUUUCACAGGGAUCAUCACUGUCACAGCAAGAACAGAGGUGACAUCGAUUGUUUGAGCAUCGAUUCUUUUAACAGUCGUUGCACUUGACCAAUUGGACGAUUGCUUCAGGAGCAGGUGCUUCUUUUGUCAUAACGGGGAUCCAUCUAUCCUCCCUUUUCUCCCACCCGAAUCCAACUGGCUGUGGCAAACUAGGACAGCACACUUUAUCAUUGUUCCACACUAUUAUUUGAUAGUGGGUGCGAAGAAUUGCUUAAUAAAGUGCCCCCUGUGUUGGUAGAAGCCUAUCCGAUUCCGUCUGAUUUGUAAUGAACAUAUGCCAUCUUAAUGUAAAAGUAAAUGUCAAUGUAAAUGUCGCGAUUGAGAGGACAAACAUACAUGUCCUCUUUACAUAGCUUUUUUUUGCAGUGGGCUCGGACAUAAGCAUACUAAGUAGUAAGUAGUAAGCAUACAUCAGCAUACUACUUAGUUCCUUGACUUGUGAGAUACCGGUUCCAGGCUGAUAAAACUGGCAUAUAAACAUCUCUACAAAGGCCAAUAUCUCGUCUGGGGGAUGCAAUGUGGUUCCAAGGUUAUUGUAUCUUCUUCUGCGUCCAUGAACGUUUUCCAGCAUGAAAGUUUCCCUUUACCAGAAAAACUCCUAGUGAUAUCAGCCCCGCUGAAUGCGUGGAACUCUGGCACUUCUGCAAAUUUAACACUGCCGAGGGCGCUAGCUAUUGGACGUACAAAAAUUGUAGGCCAAACACACGAUGGUUAUCACCCGGCAUACCAGCGACAAAUCAUGUCUUCACACACAGCUCCAGAUGGCGCCUCAGAGGCAGAACUAAAACAUUUGUGUCUGGAGAAUGGAUAUAAAUCUCUGUUGCAGCGUUGGCAGUUGCGUCCAGAGCAUGCAGCAACGUCUUGGUGUCUGCUUCUUCAUGAUCACUUUGAAGAUGGUUCACAUUUUGAUGUGUUGCACGACACUGGCAUCCCCAGGCCACAACAGCUCGUAGAUUUGUCUUCAUAGCAUGAUCUAGGAACUUUUUCUGCCAGAUAGCUAUAUAGCUCGUUCUUGGUCUUACUAUGAGAAAGGAGUCUUCUCAUUGGUACCUUGGCGAUGUGCGUGGAAUUACUAAUGCAGUAAUAUAUGGGAUGCCUGUUUACUCAGGUAGCUGUUUACAGAGACAUUGGCAAGCCAUAUCUAUAUAUCUCGUCAUUGGACUUGUACUUAUGGUUGAUUCUGGCAGUAAAGUGCUCAGCUAAUUGCGAACAGUCUUUGAUAUCAUUCGGUUUGCCAAUAGAUUGAAGUUCAGCCAUAUAUUUGGCGUCAACUGACGGCGACUCGCAGUUGAGAUGAGGGUUCUAUAUUUACCCUUUCAUUUGCACUAAUCUGAGGGGCAGUGGUCGUUCUUUGCUCUGAUUCGUCACCAAGCGCUAAACUUUUCAAGAAGUUUCAUCAACGCGCUCUUUGCAGAACAGUGAAGCAUUUUACCAUCGGGUGCAAACAAAGACCUCGAAACUGACAGAAAACUCGUACUGGCAAAUCACUGAAAACACCCAUUUCGUGCAGCUAUUGAUUGCCUUUCGUAACAAGAGUGCAGCUUUAAACAAUAGUUUCAUUUGUUUUGGAUCGCCAGUAUACCUUUCGUUUCUACUUCAUGAAUGGCGGCAUCGUGUGUCUUCUUAAUGCUUAGUCGGUCUGAUUCGGUAACUUUUGGUGGUCGGUGAAAUUCCACUUCAGGUAUCAAAAUUUGAAGUAACUGUUGAAGUGUUUUUCGAUUGCAUACCGUACAGUUUCAUGGACUUUGUUUGCUUCAAGAAUACCGUCAGGAACUGGUAUGCCGCUUGUAAAUCGAACAUAGUCAAUAUCGUGCCGUCUCUUUAGUUGAUCUCUGCCAUUGCUAAAAACUCUGUUUGAGCAGUUUUCUCGCUUGUCAAUGAAUCAUUGUUCGAAGUAGUUCCUGGGUCAGGCUUGCACUGUACAUUUGUGACAUUAUUCACCAAACAUACCUUAUGAUACCUAAUUCCAGAAUCUUGUUCAUCACUGGUGUCUAAAGAUGUACCCAGUUUACCCGGAGCCAGUCGUUUCCAGAAUUGCGGUACGUAAGGACUGGGUAACAGAAGGACUGGAAACAGUAAGUAGGCUUUCCCGCGCGACUCACUGCCGUCACAAAAGAAUCACUUAUCUCUGCUAAAUGGUGCGAUCUUUUAGAUCUUGUUAGCCGCAGCGGUAUUUCUUCUGGUGCCGUUUUUGAAAUCUUCCGUCUUGUUUCAUUAGGUGCAGCCAACUCCCCCUUGUGCCGUUCUUCUGCUCGCCUGAGCAGUCCCUCUUUUGCUCGAAAAUCUGUGAGCAAUUGCAAUAUAUGACUUUACGGAUGGCGUUCUUAUACCACUUGAACACUGUCUGUGCCAAGAUGCUCCUUUAUCGUUAAGCUUUUGAGCUGUGAACGUUUUUAAUUUUGACCAACUUUCGAAAUACUCUAAGUGGCCGUAAGACGCCCUUUUUUGUAGGCACGUCGAUACUCUGUCAUGAGAAGUUGGGUUCUUUACAAGUCGUUCAUUUGGCUUAAUUUGGCCACAAAUAAUACACAAACUUAAAUUGAGGUCUUUGGCCUCUCCAGUCUCUGUAGAACUCGACAUUUAGACUGGAUAAAAGACGUAAAACGGCAAUAUCUACUCCAGAUGUUCAUGCGCCAACACACAACACAAAACUAGAAACUGUAAUAUGUAUUAGCACGUGCAAUGAAGGAAAAAAAAAUAGCCUAUAUAACUAUCAUAGAUUAAAAUUGGAAUUUCUUAAUUAUCAUAAAAGCAAUCUAGUUUAUACAUCACUUUUAAAGUGUUGGGAAAAAAACGAGGAAUGUUCACAUUUGUUACAGGACAAAUUAGUUGUUUUCCCACAUAACUGAUAUUCCAAGGAAUUAUAACUAAAAAUUCGGAUUUUAUCAACUUUUACCAAUGCAUUAGAGGUAAUUUAACAUUCUUAGAUACCUUAUGAAAUAUUACUUUUACAUCUACAGCAAAAAGCGUGAUUGAACGGCAGUUGUUUUAAGCAUUUCCAAACUUUAGCCUCGUUUUCAUAUAAAGCUUAAUGUGCAUUUUUUCAGUGCCCCUUAAAUACCCUCCUGCAGGAAUUACAGAAGUGCCGACAAUAAAACAUGUUCCUCAGGUCCCCCUCAACACUUCUACAGUAGUCGCUUGAAAUCAGCACAAAAAUCCUGUGGAACUCUUUUCGGCGACAUAUGCUCCCUGACUAUCAAGAAAUGGGCCCCUGGGGUUUGAAAUCAAAAAAGUUAAUUUAUAUUUCAAUUUAGUUUCACAAAGAACACCGAUAGAGGUUUCACUUGAAUGGUCUUACUUUUUCAUUCACAGACUCAAAAGGUAAAGAAAUAUAUUUAAUCUUUUUACUACCAAACGCUUUCCCAUUAACUAUAAGCAUGGCUGUUUGGAAACAGAAGGAACAGAAACUAGAAAUAAUACUUGCUUUAGUUUGUCCUAAAUCUUGAGUGAUGUGCUUUUGUAUGUUUUGUAGGUAAUCCUCUCACAUUUUUUGGCAUCAUUAACCGCUUGACAUUUCAAGCUAUCGGAAAUGCAAUCUUUUCAGUCGACAGUUUCUUUUUCUUGAGGUAUGGUAUAAUUAUUACAUAUCUACAUUGUAAAUAAUUAUAAUAAAUAAUGAUAAGUACUUAAUUAUCCCCUCUCCUUAAGAGGCUUUUCAGCGAUAAUAAUACAAAUGAUUUAGAUGGAAAAUAACAUUGAUGGUAAUUAAGAAUUCAGACUGGUAAAAGGCAAUUAACCAGUUGGCUUUUCACAAGCCUGGCAGAGGAUUUGAACUCGAACUAAGAGAGGUUCCAGUAUAACGCUUUGACUGAGAACAUUUUUGGUGUUUUGGGAAGGUGGUCGCUUAUGGGAAGUGGUCGCACGUGGAGGUUCGAUUGUAGCAGGAGUAAGGUGUAAUGUGACAGGAGAAUACUUUGAAAAAGGCUCUACGUCUGAAAAAAAAAUUGUCAUUGGCUACCGAAGAUUAGCGUGAGAUUUCUGGGUAGUAAACCGAGAAUUCUCCGAUCUCUUAUGGCUAAUAAACACCCUGUAAUGUCCACCAUGUAUCUGGAUUUUAGCGUGUAAUGAAAACCAAAACACGUGUUUCUUAUUCUGGAAUACAGUCAAUCGAAGGCACCCAAAGUGUCUUUUCUGAGGAGGCAGUCAACUGAAGACUUACAUGUACCUUGAUUCUGCUGUACUUCUAUUGUACUCAACAGCGGCCUCUUAGUUGCAUAUUUAUAUCUUCGGCACAUGGAGAAAAAUAAUGGGCAGCUUCCACUCUUUAAUUACUAUUUUCAUCGAUUUUGGAGGUGAGUGAACAGCAGACAUGCUCUCCUUUUUGAUCUGGGUAAACAUCGUUUAGGCAAAGUUAAAUUUGAGCAAAUGCAGCCAGCAGUCUUCCUCAUCUGCAGUACGUGACCUUUGGGGUGGCCUCCAGUGGUUUUGCACUGUUUCAAGAUUCAUUGCUUUUCACGUGCAGUGUUAUCAGCUGAUCUUUGUGGAUCAAAAGCUUAGCUAUUCUGAAUCAGUGCGGAUUCUUGUACCCUCUUCUCCCUCCCUCUUUUGCAUUUGGUUGCCAGGGUAAGUAUCCUUUUAGGUAAGUUAUUUCCAGUGAUUUUUUCAGUGUGACGUUCGUUUGGGUGGUUAGCUUGUUCCAGGGUUGCCAUGGAUGCCUUCCUUUGGCUAUGGCAUUUGUCUCCCCGCUAGCCUUUAAGGCACAAGUUCCCAAGCUCAUCUAUUUGUUAUGAGUUUAAUUAAGGUAAAAUUUACCAGCCAUCAGCGUGUGUACUUUUAAAAGUAAUGUUAGUCUGCUUUGCACGAAAAAUCGGAGAAUUCUUGUGAAAUUGCCCCAGUAAUGCAAAUUUAAACUCAUCAUUAAUGGAUGAGUUUGGGUGCUGGUGUUUACAAGGCUAGUAAUUAGCUGGGUAAUGCUCUAGCACGAGAAAGGGAACCCUGGGAGCAACCCCCACAAGGCAUCGUCACGCUCAACCACUCAGUAGAAUACUUAACCACCAAUACUUACCUAGGUGACCCCUUAAUUGAUAUAUUUCAUUUUAUAAAUCCUCAUUGUAUUGCAAUAACUCAAGUCCACUCUCUUGUGUCAUUUAUAUAGAUCUAUUUUCCUUUUCCUUUCUUCUACUUAAUUUCUUCCUAGUUACAAAUUACUUUGUUUUCCUCUGCCCGCCUCAAUUAGCUAAGCUAUUUGCCAGCAGAAGAUGUUUGUGUGUAUAUAUAUAUGUUUUAUUUUAAUUUAAUUUAAUUUAAGUUGUAACAUUUGAAGAUCAACAAACUUCAAUAAAAGAAGGAGGUUGGGAGAAACGCAGCACUAAAAUGGCAUGCAAUUAACAAUGCUAUAGGAAAAGACACUUUGCAAGCAAAUAACUGCAUAAAAACAAGACACCAUACAAUUGUAGUGGGGAAAACUGCUAACCAGCGUUGUUUCGAGGUUAAAUUAAUUACAUUUAGCCAGUAAAACGUGAAGUUCGUAAUACUAGUUAUAACAAUACUAUCUGGCGCGGAUCCACACCGGUUUCCACCGUUUGACGGAAAUUGGUCACAUUUUUUAUAAUAAAUAUAUUUUUAAUAAUACAAAACACUUUCCAAGUUGAAAACUGGCCAAUAUCCUGUCUGAAUGACUUGGAAACCCAGGAAAGGGGACUUUAAGUAGUAAAAAUCCAAAAAAUUUCUUGGGGGAGCCCGCCCCCAGACCCCGCUAUUAUUCAGUUAAUGUUUUGAACAGUCAGACAUGUCUUAACUAUGGGGAAUAUGAUUGGCCAGGUGAGUGUAGCCUGCCCUACCUAGUCAACACAAUCCCCUCUCCAGGGUUUCUCGGUUGCAGCCCUCUUGUACUUUUGACAUCAUUUUCCAGGUAUUGCAAAUUAAAGUCUUCCAAAUUUAGUCUGAACAAGCUGGUUAUAAGAAUUAGCCAUGUGAUUUAAGCCAAUCAGAAACAGAGAAAUAUUUCGAAUGGAUACUAAUAAUGAUAAUAAUGAUGAUGAUGUCAGUGAUGAUGAUAACAGUUAUAAAUACAGUCGACUCCCGAUAACUCGAACGUUCAAGGGAAAUCGAAAAAGGUUCGAGUUAUCGGGAGCUCGAAAAAAAUAGCCGGGAGUAAGCAAAAAAAACAGUUUUUACUGCACAGUGAACAUUUUAAUCACAUUUAAUUGUAGAAAUGUCAAGUGAAAAUAAAAAGAUACUUCUAGAUCAUAAAUCAGAACGUAACAUAACAAAACCUUGGUUAAAUAGAGCAUGCGUUUAAUGUUUUGAGAAGUAAAGCUGUUUCACGUUAGAUUUGUGACAAACAACAUCAACCUCCAAUUGUAAACUAUAUGCCUACAACACGUCAAUGGGAAAUUCAAAAUUCAAUGUUUGGGACGCCAGUGGACUGUUUUUUCCCGACUUUUAAGGGCUCAAAACAUGGUUCGAGUUAUCGAGGGUAAAAUUAUGUAGAAAUGAUCUGAGGGGAAGCAAAACCUACUUCAAGUUACCGGGAGGUUCAAGUUAUCGAGGGUUCGAGUUACCGAGGGUAAAAUUACAGUAAAUGUAUGACGGAAAUCCAGGGAAAAUCGAUUUUGGUUCGAGUUAGCGAGGGUUCUAGUUAUCGGGAGUAAACUGUAGGUGCAAGUGGGUAGCAGCUCUUGGUUAAAGUUUCUAAUAUUACUUGUAUCACUAAUACUCCGCAGAUUGACUCCAACAUACAUGUUUGUUUUGUUGUUUUGGGACAAACUGACAGUAUUUCUUGGUGAAGGCCCUUAUUGGCAAAACAUUCAUCAGUCAAAUAAAGCUUGUAACAAAUACUGGUGGACAAAUCUGCUCUACAUCAACAACUUUUAUCCUACACAAAAGGGUGCUUCGGUGAGUUUUUGACAUUAUUGUUCUAUUGUUUGUUUUAAAUUUUGACGAAUAUGUUUCGCUGGAUCAUCAUUUCACAACAGAAAACUUGGGUAUUUAUUUUAUUACCAGCAGCAUAAAAUGCAAAAUAUCAAAUUCAUUGUCAUGUUAAUGUGAUAGAUGAGAGGAUAACAGUGCAUGUCCUCUUUACAUACUUUUAUAUUGCCGUGGAAACCUCAAUAUAAUGAAGGGCCAAGGGACUGACAAAGUGUAUUCGCUAUAACUAUUACUGGGGAGGGGGGUUGUUUAUGCCUCUCGUCUCCUCUACCUUGCAUUUCCAGCUAGCACACCUUUUCUCUUGGCCUCCACCCUUUUCCGCUCCUGUUUCCCAUCAUUUUAGAACUCCCAUCUUCUGCCCUUUCCUCUCCUGUGCCCCAAGCCCCUCCUGUCCCUAUUCUCCCAGUCCCUCACCCCCCACCCCCUGUCCCACUAGUGUGGGUUCUAUAACAUUUCCGUCAAAUUAGCUAAUGAAAAAGUGAUGAAUGAGAGAAUGCCAAUCGCUUAAUGCCCAAUGACAUGAUUAUCUGAACUGAGAAAAUGUCUUUAUCAACCAGUUUUUUAAAGACACUGGUUCAUGGUGAAGCUGGAUUUUGAAUCCAGCCUCCCGCUGAAACUGAGUCUGGCGCUUAUCCAAUUCAGCUAAUAUCAAUGUACUUUUCUCCACACUAGUUUUUGUGCAUUCCUUGCUUUGCGGAUAAGGUAGUGUUGUUAAUCGUCAAAACCCCUAUGGUUAAUAUUAAUAACAUUUUGCAUAUUAUCUUGACCAAGCAAUUUGGUUGUAAGCAUGAAGAAUUCAAUUCUGUUAAAGACCGUUGAAGUUUCCAAAGGAUAAAAAAAAUAAUCAAAUUUUUAUUUAGUCCUAGUGCCCUUUUUUUCUAUGGCAUUUCAAAUGAUUUUGAAUGAUUUUGAUCUCUCUACUCUUUUCAGUGUAUGGAAUGGACUUGGUAUCUCGCUAAUGACAUGCAGUUCUAUAUAAUUGCUCCGGCUAUCCUUUUCAUGGCAUACAGGUAACGUGUUGUGGCCGCUUACAUGUAAAAAAUAGUUCACUUUUCUAUAGUUAUUACAGUUGAGGCUCCAUUAAGCAGCCCAGGGCUGUCAGUAAGGGCCGGUAGCUAGUUAGCCAUCCUUAGCCAGCUACUUUCAUCUUCUUCCACCAUAACUGCUAUUAAAAAUUAAGCACCAUCGAAUAAAAUUGCUAAACAUCCGUUUCCCAGUUUUGAAUGUUAUUGAAUACAUAUUUAAACAAGGGGUGAAACGUUCGAACCGUGCGAUAUCGUGGAACGGCUGGGACAUUUCAACGGCAGUUCCCAGUCUUGCGUGUAUUCUGAUGAAACAACAUGGCAUCUGCGGUGGAAAUACCUCUUGAAAUGCCCUGGAGACGCGGUGAGGGUGACAAGAGGAAUGAGUUUGCGGAAUGUCAUGUGACAUGGUUUGCGGAAUGACAUAAUUAUGCGGAAUGUAAUAUACGCAAAUGACCCAAAGAAAUAAAUUAAACUGAAAAGUGCGUCCUUUUUUGGCGCCAAUCAAUUUGCCAACGCAACCACUGUGUUUAUGUUGCGAGCAUACCAUGACACGAAGGCUCAUUGUCAAUCAGCCACAAAGAUUUUUCUUGCCUUUAUUAGUCGAGCUGCAUGCAGCAGCACCGAUACCACAUCACGAAAGUCGGCCAUUGAAGAAAAGAUGUUUUGGAAGGUCACGCUCCUUUCCAGGUCCCUUCUACUUUACUCUUUUUCUGCAAAAGUUGUUUGCUCGAUUAAACGUAGGCCAUCCCCAUAAAAUGUUUCGUUUCCCGUCGCCCUCCCUCUCGUGAAGGUGGGUCGGUCGGUCGGGCAAACAAAAAAAUGAAUGAACACAUGAUUGUAUAUUAAAUCUCACGUUUAGUCUGCAAGAUAUAAUCAGAUGGUAAAAGAUGUAUAUUAACAGGACUAUCAAAUGUCUAAAAAGGCUACAAAAACGAAGUAUCAAUGAUAAUUUAAGACAAUUGGUGUUAAUAAGACAAGAUCGUGUGCUUGUAAUUUAAAGUACUAGCUUCUUUACAAGUGAUUCUGGAAUAUUUGUUUUUUUACUUUUCCGAAAAAAUGGGUCGGUCGGGCGAUGGGAAACGAAACAUUUUAUGGGGAUGGCCUUAUCAGUUUCUUUUUACCUAUAUUUGUAUUUGAAGUCGCGUGAGAAGUGUUACUUUUUCAGACGGUGGGUUACGUUAUCGUGACAUAAUAUUCAGAGAUGAAACGGAUCUUGUAUUUUGUUUCCUUGGCUGCGUGGUUACGUUUCCGGCACGCGAAGCUAACAGCUAGCGGAGAAGGGCGAGUUCGAAUCCUGCCAAUUGAGUGUGUCUUUUUUUCCCCUCCCUACCGUUUUACCAUUUUUUCGCGAUCAAACGCAUACACUCACUUAAACAACGAAGGUGUAAAGACACGCGGAAAGGCCGAAAGAAGACAGAGAGCAGUUCGCGUCACUUGAUUUCUGGAUCCCAGAUUAAUGUUUGACUCGGAGCGUUCAUUUUGUCUCAAAUAUGGUCUGAUUCUUCCACCGUAUUAAUCAAUAAUCCUUAGAAUUGUAGCUAGCCCGACAAGCGUUCUUUUCCCUCUAACGUUUUGACAUUUGACUAUAUUAUAACGGUGGGCAGAAAGAGAGAAAGUAUUGUCGAAAACACAAAAAAUAAAUUAAGUCUUAAUUAAGAAUUAAAGACACGAAUGCAGUAAAGCUUAUAUAUAGCUACUUUCUGUUCUGCCUUGUUGAUUUGCACCAACAGUAAUAAAUUGACCAACAAAGCAGCUGCUCACUCAAAUUAUUGGCGCCAAAAAAAGGCGCAGCGAAGACGCGCGAAUGCUUUUCAGUUUAAUUUAUUUCUUUGCGCCAUUUUCCAUAUUUUACAUUCCGCAAGCCAUGCCACAUGCCAUUCCGCAAACUCAUUCUGCCUUUUACCCUCACCGCUGGAGACGCCAUUUCCGAGACUCUAAAUGUCAAAAUGUCCCUACAGAAGAUGCCUCAGCCCUCAAGCACUUGUGCCUUUGGUGCGAGUUCCCAAAGCCGCCUACUAUUCAUUAUCAGCCUGCUACUUAAAAACUUUUUGACAGCCGUGGACAGCUACCUAUUAAAUGGCUACCCUCUAUCAAGCAGAAGUCCGAAAAAUAAUGAUAGAAUAAAAUUGUAAGUUAAACCUCUAUUAAGUAUCAGAACAAUAUAAUAAAGUAAUAUUUACAAUUUUAAACUAUAUCGUAUUGUUUACAAAUUAAAAACUAAAUAUAUGUCCACGAUAGAAAACUAUUUACAAUUAUGAAUAAUUUUGAAAGUGGCAAAAGGAAAAUUAAGCAUUACUAAGAAAAAAAAACUAUCAAAAAUCUAGGCCUAAAAUUAUGAGCGCAGAUGUAGACCAGCUACAGCGAAAGUGAAGUCUUCUGAGACCUCACGUGAUUUGAAUGGAUAUCUAGAACCUCUGACCAUCUGUGUACAGUUCUUAAAUGAAAGCUUAUUCGAAGCCAGGAAAUAACGCUGGCGUAGGGUUCAUUGUUCUUGGUCGAAAGCUUAUUUGCGAGAGUUCUUAAAAAGUUGUGACAGUCGAGUCCCAUGCCCCCGUUUGUACUAAGCACCAGUGGUGUAAAAGAACCCAUCUCUACAUCCAUCAUUUUGGCCGUCCCAACGAGUGCUCUCCUAUUAUUUUCUUCUCUGUUAACCCUUUAAACCCUAAGGCCCGUUUCAAACGCCGAUCUUUUCAUGAGCCUUUCUGUGUGUGAGUUCCACAAACUGAACCCUGGUUAAAGCACUUUAUUCCCUGAAUACUGCUUCCUGUACUUGCUCCAAAAAUGUCACUUUAAAUAUACAGUGUACGUGUCCUUGUACUUGUACUUGUACGUUGAAGAACUGUUUGCUCUUACAGAAAAACAACAACAAAAAAAUGGCGCCUAGCUCUACCAUGUGCUCUCCGGUCACAUGACUAUCAUGUGACCGGAAGUGCGAACCAAAACGCAGAUAUGCAAAUAAAAACAAAAAAAAAGGGGGGAAAAUAAAACAAAUAGAAUAAAAUAAACUGACGACGGUCGGUAGUUACACCGGCCCCUAAAUGAGAAUGCACCGACAGCAAUCUCAUUUACAAACAUAAGCUACCGACUACAACUAAACACAACGUUAUAAAGGAAUGAUUAGAAUCACUGUUCAUGACUAUCAAAGCCAAUGUUCAUAUCAACGUUCAUUAAAUCAUCUCCUUGCACUGCUGCAAAGUCACUUAAACUGGUCCUACUCUAUCGGCCACUCCAUCCAUCUCCAGAAAACAUAACUUUGUAACUGGGCGUGUAAGUAUGGUGGUACUGGCUGCGGUCACAGGUUCUCUUCUGUACCGUCGUUUGGCACAUGUUGCUACUGUUGCACUUGUCUUCACCUUCGCUGCGCGCACCCACCCAUCGCGGCUCGCAAUAACUUCCACAACUCUUCCAAGCGGCCACUUCCCUCUGGAAAAGGUUUCGUCUGCUACAAGCACCAAGUCACCAAUUUGUAAAUUCCUUUUUGGCUCAGUCCACUUCUUCCUGUCUAACAGAGUGGGUAGGUACUCCCUCGUCCACCUACGCCAGAACAAAUUGGCAAGAUACUGCGCUUGCCUCCAAGCACGUCUGCAGGUGAGGUCGUCCUUGUCGAAGACCCCUGGAGGUACACUUGGGCACGGGCGCAGAUGCAACAAAUGAUUAGGGGUUAAUGGUUGUUCGUCUAAAGGACUGUCGCUAUUUCUAGAGAGGGGUCUGGAAUUGAGAAUAUUCGUCACCUCUGCCAAAACGGUUGAGAGGACCUCAUCGGAGACUACCUGCUCCUUCAACAUCGCUCGCAAGAUCUGGCGCACAGAACGUAUCAUCCUCUCCCAGAUGCCGCCCAUGUGGCUCGCCGCUGGUGGAUUGAAAAUCCAUUCUAUCAUCUUCUGUCCACAAAAACUGUUGAUCUUCUGCUGAUUCCAUCUCUCUAUGGCUUCCUUUAACUCCCUUUCUGCGCUAGUAAAGUUUGUACCUCGAUCACUUCUUAUCUGCUCAGGACAACCACGAAUACUGAUGAAUCUUCUGAGUGCAUUUAUCAUUGAGUCAGUGUCCAAGGAAUGGGCCACUUCUAUAUGGACCGCUCGCAUUGUCAAACACGUAAAUAGGCAUCCAUACCUUUUCACAUGGGAUCUGCCCUGCUUUACUUCAAUCGGCCCGAAAUAAUCGACACCAACAAAUGUGAAUGGUGGCUUGUCAGGGGUUAGCCUCUCUUCAGGUAAAUUUGCCAUAAACUGCUCUCCCGGGCGUGUGUUUCUUCGCUGACAGUCUAUACAUCUCCUUAACACUCGUCGCACUGCUGACCUUCCUUUGACCACCCAGAAUGUUUCUCUUAAAGAAGACAAAACACAUUCUUGACCCAUGUGACCCAAACUCUCAUGAUACUGCUUGAUAAUCAGAUCCGUCACAUGAUGCUUGUAGGGAAGGAUAAUAGGGUGUUUCUUCUCAUAAGGAACCGGGGCAAGUGCUAGUCGGCCACGAACCCUCAGCAAACCAUCUUCUAAGCGUGGGUUGAGCUGAUGCAACGCCGUUCCUGCCUUUCGAAGGACCCUUUUAACACAACCAUCUGCAUCGCAACUUCCUGCUGAUGAGAGAACCUCGAUGACUUGAGGGAAAGACACUUGCUGUACUUCCUUGAGGAUUUCCUUCUCAGCCUCCUGAAGCUCUGCCACCUUCAAGUAGCCAUAUUUCACGAAUGGCACUUCGCCGCUCUGGACUUGGGAUUCACUCGAAACUAAAGCGCUCCUCUUACUCAGCUGAACUUUCCGUAAAAGGUACGCCUUGUACCGCAACAACCAGGCUACAGCCCUUUUCAACUUCCACCAAGACGAGUAGCGUGCUAUUAAGGGCUCCAGGUAUUUACUUUGAACAACAACGGUGUAAAUCUGAGCCUCCUUCCUGACUUCAGGGUCGUCAUCUUUCAAUGCUGGAAUUUCAACCAUCCUUGGCCAAAGGCUCUCAUUUCCCCAAAGAAACUCCGGACCUCUCAACCAACGAUCAUUUUUUAACAUGUCAUCCAAUUUAAGUCCCUUUGAGCCAUCAUCUGCAGGAUUAUUAUCUCUGUUUACAUAAUGCCACUCGGAGUAGGACGAUCCAUUAUGUAUCACCGUCAAACGAUUGGAUUCGAACGUGUGGAAUCUUUUUGAUUCGUUGCUGAUACACUUCAACACUGACAUUGAAUCGGUCCAGUAGAACACUUUCUGGAAGUUCAUAUCCAGUUCUUCACGGAUAAUCUUAGAGAGUUUCACGGAGAUGACUGCAGCUGUCAAUUCCAACCUUGGAAUUGAAAUCUCGCGCACUGGGGCUAACCUCGCCUUUCCCAUUACGAAUGCACAAUGAAUUCGACUGUUCUCGUCCUUCACACGGAGGUAUGCAACCGAUGCGUAUCCUUGACGAGAUGCGUCUGAGAAAAGGUGUAACUGUACUUCUCUUACUUCGCCAAACUCUCUGGGUCUGAAACAACGAUCUACUUGCACUUCCUGUAACUUGGGAAGAUCAUCCAGCCAUCGCCUCCACUGGAUUUUCUCAGCCUCCCCAAUGAGAUCAUCCCAACCAACGUUCUUUCUACUAAGGGCUUGCAACAACAGUUUGGCUUUCAUGAUGUAUGGUGCAAUAAAACCCAGGGGAUCAAAGAGAGAAUAAACGGCUGACACUAUUCCUCUGCGUGUCAUUGGCCGCUGAUUAGCAACUUGAAGGAUCUUCUCCAAGACCUCCCACCCAAAUUUGUCUUCCUCUGUGUUCCAUUUGAGACCUAGAGCAGAUUCGGUCGGCAGUUUCUCCAAGUCCAAGUUUGCAAAUGACUUGGCCCUUUCAGAUUCUGGAAUCGCUGCUAGCACAUCUCUGUCAUUGCUAUACCACUUUGUCAAAUGGAAACCACCUCUUCUUAGUAGCUCCUGGAGUUGACUCACCAGCACAACUGCCUUCUCGGUAGUGUUUGUUGACUUCAUCAUGUCGUCCACAUACAUGUUACGCUUCACCGUUUCCACUGUCUGUUCCUCGAACCCUUCUCCAUGUAACUCGGCGGUUUUUUUCAAACAGAAAUUAGCAAUACUCGGGGAAGAUGUGGCUCCAAAUAGGUGCUUCACCAUUCUAUAUUCUUCCAAUUCUCGAGACAAGUCUCCAUUGGGCCACCACAAAAAUCUAAGUGCAUCACAGUCCUUAGGUUCCACCAACACCUGAUGGAACAUCGCUUCAAUGUCAGCUACCACUCCAAUGGGCUCUUGUCUAAACCGACUAAGGACACCCACUAAUUGAUUUGUUUGAUCAGGUCCCUGUAAAAGUUGUUGAUUCAAUGAUGUCCCUCCGUACUUGGCAGCACAAUCAUAAACUACUCUCACUUUGCCGGGUUUUAAGGGGUGAGUAACGGGAUGAUGAGGUAGGUACCACACCGGUCUGUCCUUUAUCUCUAACUCUUCAUCGGGAGCCUUUUCAGCGUGGCCACUUUCAAUGUAAUCAGCCAUUGUUGUCUUGUAUUUCUCCAACAAGGCUUCGUCUUUCAGGAGUCGUUUCUUUAGAAGCAAGCCUCUUCGCUCUGCAACUACCCUGUUGUUAGGUAAAAAUGGUGGCUCAUGUCGCCAAGGCAGGGCAACCUGAAAGUGUCCAUCUACCAUCUUAAGAGUUCUCUCCAUUAUUUCUAGGGCCCUUUUGUCUUCCAACGAUGCACAAACUCGCGUCUCGACUUCACAGUUUUCAAAAUCUGUUCUCCACAAUGCUCAUCGUCCCGAGCUUGACGAUCAAUUUCAUCUAUCUGUAAACGAUGCUUGGGUUCACUGGCAUUACAUUCUAAUUCAAGGACACAGUUCAUGUCUGCAACAUUCUCUUCAUAGGCAUCUUCACUGUUUAGCCCUGUAGACAACACAACACUCUUCUUGUGGUCUUUGCAAAGAACAUAAUCUUCAAAAUCUAAACCACCUGCGCACACAACAGAGCUAUCUUCCAUACGUAGGUAGUUGACUGAGCGUUCGGCAGUACAGCUUUCUCCGCCAACAGGACCUAUCACCGUCCAUCCCAGGCUGUACCUAAUUGCUACUGGUUCUCCUUUGCCACCAGCUCGGCAUUCUAACGGCAAGAACAAGCUCGGGUUGUCUUUAAGACCAACAAUUAACAUGACACUUGUGAUGUCCAACUGUUGUAACUCAAUAUCACGCAAAUGAGGCCAAUUUUCAAGGUCCUCCUUCUUGGCUAUACAGCUCUCAGUUAUAGGCAUACGCUUGACUGUCCUGACGCUUGAAAGUUCCACUGUCACUGAUUCAUCCAUUGACAUCACCACAAGAUCUACUUGUUGACUUUCCACUCUGGCUGAGCCCGUCAUCCCUGCUAAAGUGAAGUCCAGCCUCGUGCCGCUUGCACCCAAUGUCUCCUUCAACUUUUCAUGGCAAAGAGUCACUUCUGAGCCACUGUCCAACAACGCAUAUGUUUCAACAGGUAUCAAAUUGCUACCUUUGGCUAGGACCUUCACUGGAACAACACUAAGACAGACUCGCUCGCCGGCCCCAGUUGCAGCAGUUACGGCAGCACCUUCACUAGUUACUCCACUGGUUUCACUGUUGGUGUUUGCCCUUGUUUCUUCCUGAUUAAGCUGGCGUGGAUUAACACUUGGUGGGGUUGAAUCUGCUGGAGGGGGGUGUAGCAGUGUGUUGUGUUCCUUCUUACAUCCAUUCACUUGACAUUUGAACUGAGUUUUGGGGCAGUUUCUUGCAAAGUGACCGCUCUGGAGACACUUGAUACAAAGGCUUUGUUCAUGCACUACUUUCCAUCUGUCUUGAUGAGAUUGCUUCUUAAACUUAUCACACCUCCACACACCAUGCUGACCACGACAAACGGUACAAGCAGGCAUUUUUUGGUUGUGUCCCCCAUCUCCCUGUCGACCUCGGACACCUCCAGAUAGUGACACAAGUCUUCGAGGAUUUCGACCUCGUUGGUCUCUCCGAUUCACAUUCUCCCUUUCCUUCGAAGGAGCAGCGUUAAGAUCCUCUCCAAACUCAUUAUUAACAAGCGCAGCUCUGUCCUUUAAGUGUUUAAGGAAGUCUGCAAACUUAGGUUUCGAUCCAAAUGAAAUAAUCCUUCCUGCACAUUCUGUCCACUUGACCCUCAUAAACAGUGGCAGCUUCUUGUUCAGUUCCCUUAACGUAUUCGUGUGAUUCAAAUCACUGACGUAUUCAGGCCCCAUGCCUGACAGUGUUCUAUUGGCAACAUCUAAAUGGCGGGCAAAUUCAAGUAAACUUGCUCCAUUCGCCUGUUUCAAGGGAGGUAGGUCUUCCAACCUCUUGAUAUGUGCUUUGGCUAUAAUGUGAGGCAGUCCAAAGUUUUCGCGUAAGGUAUUCUUUGCUACAUAAUAUCCCUCGUCUACCGGUAGAUUCACACAACUUUCAAUGGCAUCCCUUGCCUUGCCAUAACAGUGUUGGAUUAAUAGCUGUAAUCUCCUGGAGUUGUCGGGGUUAUCUUUCUCUAAGCAGGUUUCAAAAUUGUGCAUGAACGAGACAUACUUUAUGGGGUCUCCAUCGAAUCUCAUGUACUCAAUCCUUGGGGCAGAAACAACUUGACGCAGUGCUUGUACUAUCUCUGCUCUGCUAUCUGGUGUCACCGAUACUGGUUCUCGCAUAUAACAUUCUGCUGGAACUGCACCAGGGGUCUGGGACCAGGGUACCUGAGUUGGCCAUUGUGAGUACUCUUUGGUGUUAAAGUGGGUUGUUAGUGGUGUCUGUACUUGUUGUGAUAAAUUUAGCACUGAUGGAUUUACAGGCGGAUUUCUCAAUGCUUCAGUGUCCUUUGCGUUAUUCAGUUGCUCUGUAUGUUUACCUGUUCCAGCUUCAUCAACAUAAACUGUAUGCUCGGUUUCUGAGAACACUGGGUUGGGCACUGUAACGCUUGCUGACUGAAAUGUCUUAGCAGCUGAAUUCAUGAUUCUCUCAUUGACUCUUAAUGCAGGCACCUGCUCCAGAGGUGCAAGCUCUUGUACUAGUUGUUCGUGUGGCUCGAUUAGCUGCGACUGAGCCACAUUCUGUGCCUGAUUCCCAUGUGGAUGUAAGGUUUCCUCAGGUAUAAACUCUGCUAAACGCUCCCUAUACUGACUCUUCCUGCAUUGAUUCUCAAACUCUUCAUACACAUUAAGACUCGCUUUAGCCCGCUCUUCCUCCAUCUUAGCCUCCAACAUGUCCUUCUCAAAUUGAAGCUCACUUAAUUUGCGUUGUAACUGUUGUUCCUGCAGCACUUGCUUGGUCUUCAGUUGGGCUAGGGCAAGUUUUUCCUUUUUCUUCGCCACUGCUAAUGAAGCUGAACUUGAGCCAGUUGACCCGCUUUUCGUACUCUUCCUUGACUUUCUUGGAUAGGAUUUUAAGUCAUUCUCUCGUUUCUUAAUACUAGAUGUGACUUGGAAUUUCCAUGUUUCAAUUUCAUAGUCAAAUGUUGCUUUCUUUGACAUCUGCUCCUUAUAGUUAGCGUCAGCCCUUUCAACGUCUUCACAACGACCAAGAACAUCAAGACAUUCAAUGUACUCUUCAUGGGUGUUCACCAAUCUCCUCCAAGCUUCUUCAUACGAAUCUCGCUUUAAUUGUAAGUCCUCCAAAGUUCCACAGUUCUCAAUUAUGCCUUGAAUGUUCCCUCGCAGUCUCGUGAGGGUUGCAACAUAACCUGCACAGGAAUGUUUCAAUGUGUUUGCCCUCUCAGCUGUUCUACUUUCAAAAUCUAUAUUAGAUGGUACUUUAACUUGGGAACUUCUUCUUAAUUGGGUUCCAAGUCUGCCCUCUGACAGAGUUUCCUGGACAUUUUGUUGUUCCAGUUUGUCAGCAACAGGCACUGAUCGAACAGACAUUUUGCUCCACUGUACUAUUGGCCACAAAACAAAUAAACUCCAAACACAAACAAGAUGGCUAUUGUCACAUACCUUAGACAUCCACUAUUUUCUCUGAUAGCAAAUAAGUAAUAUAAAAGUCCCACACAAGUCUCAAAGGUUGUACAUGUAAAACAAUUCUCGCAAAGCAACGAGCGUGAUGCAGUGUCAAAUGACACGAAAAUUGUACGCAUAAACCAAUGUUCUCCCCGAGAACAAAACGAUCCAAAACGUUUCCAAACAACUGGAUGAGCAACAAAUCCACACGUGAAUAAGACCAAUCUCUGUUAGAGUAUCGUUCUCCGCGAAGAAUUGAACUAGACGUAAGCUUGAAUCAUCCGUAGACGUGGACACAAUUCCAAUGAACGCGACAAAGUUCCAAAUGCGACAAAUCACAACAAAUUCUUGUCAAAUAAAUGUUCUCCCUGAGAACAAAUUCCAAAUGCAAAUGCGACAAAUAACAGACAAAUCCUUACUUGAUGCCGUGCUUUCCUUGAAAGCAAGUUCCAAAUCCGAUCAAUGAAACUCAAACUUGUCGAAGCUGUGUUCUCCCUGAGAACCAAAACAUCAAUCGAUUCGGCGAACAGUUCUUCAACUGUGAGUUCCACAAACUGAACCCUGGUUAAAGCACUUUAUUCCCUGAAUACUGCUUCCUGUACUUGCUCCAAAAAUGUCACUUUAAAUAUACAGUGUACGUGUCCUUGUACUUGUACUUGUACGUUGAAGAACUGUUUGCUCUUACAGAAAAACAACAACAAAAAAAUGGCGCCUAGCUCUACCAUGUGCUCUCCGGUCACAUGACUAUCAUGUGACCGGAAGUGCGAACCAAAACGCAGAUAUGCAAAUAAAAACAAAAAAAAAGGGGGAAAAAUAAAACAAAUAGAAUAAAAUAAACUGACGACGGUCGGUAGUUACACUGUGUUUAACAGUCAUUCUUUAGGUAUGCAAUGUAUGUAUGUUUUUUUUUCUUUUUUUUUUUCUUCUUAUGGUAUGGAAUUAUUAUUUUAUAUCCGCGCGAUGGUUACCGCCUUUGCGGAUUAAUAAAGUAAAAGUAAAAGCCGAACCUAAUUCGAAUUUAGGCCGACCCAAACUAUUUAGACCGCCUUAAUUGAUUCAGACAUCGAUCUUAAUUCCAGCCGAACUAAAUUCAAAAGGAGAAAAAUGCUCAUUUCGGUCGAACUGUUUGCAAAAUAUGUUAUAAUAAUGUAUCCUGUGUAUGCAUUAGGUUCGGUACAUGGAAAGUUUGGCGUCUGAAUCAAAGCCGUUCCAAAUUGAAAUAGGCGUUCCUAAUUGAUUCAGACGCCGAACUUGUAAUGUACUCAAUUCAAAGUAUUAGGUUCGGCUCAUGAAAAGAUCGGCGUUCGAACCGGGCUUAAGAUCCAAAUUUGAAUUCUUAUUUGUUGCCUCUAUUCAUUUCCUAUAGAAGUAGUGGGGAGAAGUUGAGAAAAUAUCAAGCAAAUUCAUCUUGUGUGACCAUGUCCGUAAUUCUCAUGACCACUCUUUUUUACAAAUCAUUGAUAUUACAAGGAGAAAUUUGAUGCUGAUCACUCUCAGGGCUUAAAGGGUUAAGGUAAAGCGGCCAGGUGACAACUGAUUGUGGACCUGUAAUAACAUUUCAAAAGUAGGUUGAGUUUGAUCGCCCGGGUGAACGUAGUCCUGAAUCAGGACUGUUGUUGUUGACAGUGACCAGGACAGUGACAGACAUUUCGAUAACCUGUGCGGUAGUCAUCCUCAGAGUCAAAGUGAGUUGUAUCACGUCAAUACUCUUGUUGUAGAUCUGAUUGGUCAAUUACGUCGCGAUGUUAUUGGUCGUCUGUCAGUUAAGCCGGCUUAACUGACAGACAUCUUAACUGACAGACGACCAAUAACAUCGCGACAUAAUUGACCAAUCAGAUCUAUAACCAGAGUAUAAUACCAUCAACUGACGUGAUACAACUCACUUUGACUCCGAAGAUGACUACCGCGCAGGUUGUCGAAAUGUCAGUCACUGUCAACAACAACAGUCCUCUUCAGGACUACGUUCACCCGGACGAUCAAACUCAACCUACUUUUGAAAUGACUCCUGGGUUCAACCUUUCACAAUAACAUUUCAGUUACAGACAUUGCCACCUUAGCCUGAGAAUAAAGGUUUCGCCAUAGUAUGUACUGUAGUAUAGUUGCUCAUUCAAAGUACGAAACCAAGGGUUAGUCAUCCCGAGUGUGGCUGCUUAAUGGAGGUUUAACUGUAACAAUAGUCUGCUACACAGCCGUUUUUAGUGUCGUCACGCCACGUUUUUGGGGAGGAGUGUUGCGUGACGACACUAAAAACAGCUGUGUAGCAGACUACUGUAACAAGGGAAGAUUUACAUUUUCCUUAAAAAAAUUUAAUGCCCAACUUAAUACUUGAAUUAAGAAACUACCGAAAAUGUAAAUCCAGUUCGUUAUCUUGUGUUACACGAUAAAUUACAUGGAUUCUUUACGCAAGUGACAAUUUCCUGUUUGCAUUUUUUUUUUAGCCUUUGACCAGGCUCUCCGCUUUGGGGUAGGUAGCUAAAAAUCGCACGGAGACGGCGAGAGAAAAAAUGGAAGUGGGGAGGUUGAGGAAUGUGGGAGAGAUUGCCCCGCCCUUUUCCCCUCACUAGCUUUGUCUCCAGCUCCUCGCGUGGCUCGCUUUGCUCGCGGAUGUUUUCCCUUUUUUCCCAUCUUGGAGCCAAGACCUAGGCUACAAUUUUUUCCACGUUUCUAACAGAGAAAAUACAAAUAGUUAUACCCCUAACAAUUAAAAAAAAGGUUUGUAACUACUAAUACGUUAUACCACUCAAACAUAGUCUAAAACAAGUAUAUAAAAAAAAAUUAGUCCUGUAAGGAGAGAUUUCCCAUGUAUUCUUUAUUUGAUUCGAAUUUCAUAUCUAGCUUUUUAAUAUUCCCUUUGAAGUUGUGUUAGCCGUAAUUUACAUUGAAUUUGCAUUGAGUUGUUUUAGUUCCCUUAAAUUAUACACAUUUUACUUCAAUGUUUACUUUUAAAGGGAUAAUUUGUUUCCGGAUAAUUAUACAGCUUAGUCACUGAAUAACUGGAGCUUUCGCCCGUUCAAAUACCAACCGUUCGUAGUUUUUAGCUUUGACAUUUUGAGGGAUCCUGAGCAAAGGAAACUCCAAUUAUUUUGCACAGCUUUACUGCUGAAUCUUCGUAGGUUUCCUAAAUUCACUUGCUUGACUGACAUUUAAUUUUGAGUUAUUUAGUUUAACAUAUGAACUUUUAAACUGAAUUUAUUCAGAUUUGUUUUCGCUGUUCAGCUGAUUUUAUUCAGCCUUCUUUCCUUUUGUUUUGUGAUGUUCUAAUGGGUUAAUCGGUUAGUAUAAAUAGAGCUUUGUUAUUCCUGGUUUUCGAUUUACAUUGCGGGCCGGAGUUACAUGCUUGUACGAUUUACGCUGCGGAUUCACAUGCUUGUACGAUUUUUACAUUGCGGAUUCAUCUGAUUGUAUGAUUUACGUUCACGAACUGAGGAUUAAACUGUUGAAGUCCAAGUUUGAGUCCUGUCCUGUUUCCAGUUGUAGCAGAUCCUGUACCUUGGAAUAGUGACGAGUUCCUUUCCCGCUAGCCAAGCGAGUUGCGACUUAGUUUUCCCCCCUGUUGUUCUGACGCCGAAGUCACUCGAGUUCUCUUUACGCUUAACUCCCCGACUGGUGCUUGCAACGGCAAAACCUAUCGUCACAGUCCACCUAAACAAGUUCGAAAAAUGUCACGAAACUAUAACACAGUUUGUCAUUUGGAGGGUCAAAUAUCUUUUACUCGCAUAUACGGAAAGAAAUUUUCACUUUGUGAUACCUGGAGUUUUUCUAAACAAAAUAUCCACCAGUUCCCCAUACGGUUUAUGCUUAAUAGUUUUAAAUUUCAGAUUUGUAUGGAGUAACGGAAUUCUUUACUUUUAAAUUGUAAUUUGUAAUUUUAAUAUUUUGGGGGUAUAUAUGAACUAGUUUUGUAAGUACUAGGCAAUAAAAACUUUUAAAAGUCGUAUGGGCAGGUGAAAUCGAUUCUAAUGUAAUGCUUCUGUUUUGUUAGGUUUCGUCUUGUGGGAAUGCUGAUUAUUGUUGGUGUGCUUAUGAGUGCCAGUUUUAUUACAACAGCCAUUAUAUACGCUCGCUAUGACCUUGCAGUCGUAGGGGCGAAAGCACAAGCUAACGAGUAAGAAUUGUCAUGAGUGUUUAAUCAUACUUGUCACCCCAGAAAUGUUCAUUUGCUCAGGCCCUCCAGUUAAGCACCGAAUAUUUUGCCCUGUUACAUUUAUUUUGUGAUUGUGAUUGGUAGCUGCGUAUUUGAUUUGCUUCAACGUCUUUUAUAACAUAGCUAGAAAAUUCGCCUAAUCAAAUUCAAUAGCGCGAGCGUGCUUCAUAUUCCUAUUGAGCACGCUGAUGACGUCAAUAAACUAUUCGUAAUUCCUCGAGUGGUUGUGAGCUUAGCAAUCCUGAGUCUCCUGAGUGCAUCCAUAACUCAGCAAUAGACAAGGAAGCGUUUACGAUGUGUUUUAUAAGGAAAUUUAAGAGGAAACGUUUGAAUUUGUUAACCGAUAGUAAGGAAAAGAGGUGAGUGUUGUUGUUGUUGUUGUUGUCAUCUCCGCGAGCUGUGCGGGCAAUGGCGUGAGUUCAUUCUUUGCAAACUUGUUUUCUCUCAAUAACAAUUUUUCGGUAAAUUAAUAGUUUUCCGGCACCUAAAUAUGGAUUUUAUAAUCAUUUUAGAGUACACUUUCUCUCAGUUUCAGGAUAAAAACAUAAGAUUAACUGUGAGGAAAAAAAUAUAUAGUCACGUAAACAUUGACGCGUACUGCUUUGAUCGCACCCUACAAUAAUAAAAUUAUAAGUUAACUGAUGCAUUGAUCGCUUUGAUGAUGUUAUAAAACAAUUAGUUCAUGCUGCAGCUGUGCGUAUGUCGAGUUAUUGAGCACUUGGGAAGUUUGGAGAGCACUCAAGAGGCUAGAGUUGCACUCGGCUGCGCCUCGUGCAACUCUUACGCCUCUUUCGUGCUCUCCAAACUUCCCGCGUGCUCAAUAUCUCGACAUACGCACGCUGACGCAUGAACUAAUUGUUAAUUCUACUAGUUUCCCUAAACAGCAAUUUAGAUGGCGGAGAAGGCCCUUUACGGGUGUUAACAUUUGGGCAUGGCCUGCAAGUAAGCUUCCUCGGUAGAACACUCCCGCACCCCCUGGAGAAAUUUCUCGCAGGUUACGUUUGGGGUGCCUCCUUCCUUCCUUCGCCAUAAUUCCCGACACCCGCCCCCAUGGUACUCUUGAAACCAAGGUUGUCACCCGUUUCUCCCUUGCUUGAUAUCAACGAUCUAUAAACAGUCUACCUUGCUAUCCUGACCAUCUCUGGGAUAAGGAAUUUCCGAUCAAUUUAGGUUUCUGGUAAACUGCCCACCUACCCGUCCCCUAAGUCAUCAUUUUACCCUAAGUGAGUGAGAAGUAAUUGUUAAUGUUAGCUCAGGGGAGGGGUAGUUGGACAGUUUCUUAGAAACCUAAAUUGAUCCGGAAUUUCCAAUAUCCAGCGCUAGCUAAUGUUUAAUUGCGAACACCUGGGGUACUUGCCAUUUACAUGGGAAAACUAGGAAAUUGCGGUUGGAAAAUCAAAUGGUUUGCGCCAUUCCGUUCGGGAAGCUUCAGAAAACAUGGGCUGUGAUUUGAGAGGAUGCAAUUUUUCAGUCUGUUCGGUAGAUUGAUUUGGAUAUAUUUUGUAGCGGGUCGGCCUCCAACACGUCAAAUUUUAUAGUUUUAUGUUUUUCCACCUUUCGGUCAUAUGCGAAUAAUUUUGUUGUUGCAGGGCUAUAGAUAUAGAUUCUGGCUCUCUAACUUAUGAGAAACCUUACUGUCGCAUUGCACCGUACCUUGUUGGUAUGCUGUUAGGAUACAUAAUUUUACACUUUAAGGACUGGAAGAUGUCUAAGGUAACAAGUUAAAACAUAUGUACAUACAUGACUUAUUUGUUAACGCAGGUCAGAAUACACCGCUAUGAAAACAGCCGACAUUUCCCGACGGCACCUCUGGUUUCCCCGCGCAAUGAGGUCUGAGAAACGAGCACAAAAAUUCCAUAUUGAUGACGCGUCACUGCCCAGAUCUGGAUAGCACUUCUGAUUGGUUGGAAAUUUGCUUCGUCCAAUCAGAAGCACUAACCAGAUCUGGGUAGUGACGCAUCAUCAGUAUAGAAUUUCCGCAGUCGUUCCUCAGGCGUCAUUUUGUAGGUAAACCAUAGUUGGCGUCGGAAAUGUCGACUGUUUUCUCAGUCUAAGAUUACACAUAGUAGAGACCUUUAGAUUCUAAGAAGAGUAUGACAACGAGUACGGGAUUUUCUCAGUCUCAGCACUAAGUAGUGCUCGCGGGUGAAGCAGCUUCAUUUUGGCGCGAAAAAGUGGUAGCAGUCGUCAUUUUACUACGAGUUUUAGCGAGAAUGUCGAAGUGGCGGGAAGAAGUCGUCAAAUGUUAGACGUUUAUCAUUUUGCGAUCGGGAGAGGGCGUAACCUCCUUCACUAAAGAUGACAGUGCUAACUUUUCUAAGGAAAAAUGGUAAAAUAAAGCUUUCCGGAGAGUCUAUAUUUUGAUAAUGCAGGAAAAAACUUAAAGUCAAAUCUCGUACUUGUAGUCGUCCUCGUCCUCGUCCUCGAAUCUUAGAGGGACAGGUUCACGGUUAAGUCCAUGCUCAUUAAUUAAAUUACUUUUUUUCAUUUAUUAUUAAUUCUAUCGAUUAAUAAUUCCACUCACAUCUAUCUCAGCGAUCUCAGAGUGUAUUUCAAAGUAGAAGUGUAUUUCAGAGUAACCUGAAGUGGGAUGGAGGAGUACUAAAAUCACAGGAAAAAAUUAGUGGAUUACGCCAACACUACCAACGUUAAAUUUAUUGUUGACUCGAAGGUUUUAUUCCAUCUUUGAUUAAUUUACGGUUAUUUGCACAUAAGUUGAUCCAGUGACUGCCAGGGGAGCGUGCAGAUUGGUUCUUCGACAUCAUUAUGACAUGAUCACAUUGCUUGCAUAGACGAUACAACAAGUCGCGGCAGAAAAACAGCAUUUUGAUAAAUGAGCAUGCGCCGAACCGUGAACCUGUCCCUUUAAGGUCUCCAGUUAGUAGAGGACACCGGUUAUGAAAGCUGGUAAAAUCAAAGAUGAAAACAACGGUGCUCCACUUUAUUUUGGAAGUUCCUUCACCGUGCUCAAUCAAUGCAAUGUUUUUAUAGGUCAGUAAGUUCAAAAUGAUAGAAAUGCUAAUGAACGUUGUGUACGGCCAGGUCCAAAAAAGAGAACAAAAACAUAUAACAAAGGAGUCUGUCAGGCUUCAUAACCAUUCCACUUGCGUAACUAUAGAUUACAUAAGCAAGGCAAAUGUCCUGAUGUGGUCUACUAGCAGUACAGUAAACACCAGCUUAUGAGAACGAGCGGAUUAAGAACAUCAGAUUAAACUUUGGCUAAUAAAGCACCAUAUUUAUAACAACCAAUUCAGCCUUGUUCUUAUAUAAAAAUGAAGAAAAUGCCACAACAAAAAACCAAUACAGUGACUCAGACUGCUGGUUUGGAGAACCAAGAAAUAUUAUAAAAUGUUAAAGCGAUUUUCACGUAUUUUCGUAUGACCUUGAAAAAUGGUUUCGAUAAAUGUUCCUUAUUUGUAUUAUCAGCCAAUGGGUGAAAAGAUCCAAACAUGGACUCUUCGUUUUCCCGUAAAAUAAAAGCCUAAUAUGGAGAAGGCAUUGUUUGAUUGGCCAGUUGUUGCAGUAUGAUGUCAAAGCGAAAUAUCGAAAGUUCUCGUUCGUGAAGAUUUUUCACCCGAACUUUCGCUUAACCAACCAAAAGCCACGCGCGUUUGUAUCCUUUCGAUAAACCAAUCAAAUCGCUCUAUUUCCGUUCGUUUGUUGUUUUCGUUUUGUUCGCGCGUUUUCAUUUCAAGGUUAUACGAAAAUCGCUCUAAAAGUACUUUUCAAAUGACUUGAUGUUGAGUUUUAUUUUUUAGUGCAAGUGAUAAAAUAGCCUGCAUAACAGGCGCUUUAUUAGCCGAGCGGGGCAAACGCGGCAUUUUGAGCGAAACGCGAAACGUGCGCGCACUUCGCUUUCUUUUUGCGUUUUGCGCAAAAUACCACGUUCGCCUCGUUUGGCUCAUAAAGCGCCUGGUAUGCAGGCUUGUGAUAAAACAAUGUAAACACAACCAGGUUCCUGAAACUUCUUCCCUCUCUUAGGUGCGUACAUAUAUAUUCAACGCUGCCGGGUGGUGUGUUGCGAUCGUUGUCGCUUUAUCCACGCUCUACGGUAAAUACAGUGCUGUGAGAAAGGACAAUCCAAAGCCCUUCACUCGCGCCGAAAAUAUCAUAUACGGGACCUUCUCACACUGCGCAUGGGGCUUGGCACUAGCUUGGGUGAUUUUUGCAUGUCAUCGCGGGCUCGGAGGUAAGAGUUGUUUUGACUCUUCCCCAGUCGUCUCGAGAGAGAGCGUCUUCCUACCCAUCAUCCCCUGCUCCCGCCGCGCGCGUUACGCGAAGACGACUGGGGGCGAGACAGGGUGUUGAUUCAGCUGAUUCAGUCAUUCACUAUUUAGUCUUUCAGUCAUUUUAAGUGUUACGGAAACACCUGCACAGUUGUCAUGUUUACCACUCGUCGGGCGUCGACAAUGAAUCUUCCGAGGCAUAGCGCCUCUUUAGCCCAAUAUUGGCCACGUAUGUAUUAAAAACCUUAACUUUAGACAUAUGUUUGGGCCGUUUGCUCAGUGUUUCAUUGACCUUGACUGUAAUUAAUUUCAAUGACUGUAAUUUUCUUGAGUUUUUCCCUAAAUAUUGUGUAAAAAAGAGAAAGAUGUGUUAAAGUUCCAAUAUCUCACCUUUUUGGUGGGAUAGAAUCGCAGUGUGUCUGAAUGGAGUAGAUUACCAAGUUGUACCAAGUUGUUUCUCAUAAUCUGCGAAUAAACGCCGCAUUCUUCUGAUUGGGUGUGGCGUUUAUUGAUAAUUUUGCUUCCAUCUGCGGCGUUUGAGGUUGUCAUCAAUUCAAGAGGCCGUUUUAUUGAGUAAAUACGGCAUUUGAUUGCACUAGAGGAGUGUGCACUUUACACUGAGCAAGUGCAAUACACUUUUUCUUUGCAGCUUUCGUUUGGUACCAUCUGUUUUCGUUAUUUUGGAAAAAAGAAAAUUUUGCAGAAUCAGGUUUGAGCUCAUUUCAAGUAAUUCUGUGGUUUUCUAUUUUGUAGGUUUGGUGGACAAAAUUCUGUCAGCUCAUUUCUGGAUCCCAUUAAGUCGACUGACUUACUGUGCCUACCUGGUUCAUCCUAUCGUCCUGCUCACAUAUCUCGCUUCGCAGCAGACUAAUUACGAUUAUUCAGAUGUCCAUAUUGUGAGUAGAACUUCCUCUAAUCUAGCUUACCGUUAACACUUGACUUUGGCCUUUGAAGUGGUGAAAGUCAAAAUGCGACCAAAAUUUCAAAAUUCAUUGUCAUUGUGAACAAACAUUAUCAUGUCAAAAAACGACCAAAGAGGUUUCAUUUAAAUGGUCGCACUAUAGGGUUUCGUCCACAAACUCCAAGGUUAGGGCUAUCUUACAAUACUCUGUCAUUAAUGUAUGAUAAUGAGUUUGAAACAAUGAAAAAUAAAAUUUAAACCAAGGAUAAAAUUGAACCACAACAUAUACACCAAGGUCUUCUUCCAUUUUAAGUUCGCGUUUGAGUCUGGGUCGAUGUUUUGCCGAAUUGCACCAGGGGACUGUUUUUCGGGGCCAAAGUUUGACCCAGUCUCUGGCUCAACUUUGUAAUAGCCAAUGAAAGAAGCGAUCGCAUACCUAAAACAAUCACAUGGUGAAGUUCGUCACAACACCGGCCCAGUUUCACGCUGGAACUCAAAAUGACCAACUCAUACAACACAACCUCGUUCCCAGGGUCCUCUCUUACUCAUCCUCUUGUCUUCGCUCCGGGGGACGAGUAAGAGGGAAACCCUGGCAAAGAAGUUGUACACAACAGUGAUUUUGGAGGCUUUAUUUAUGAUCUAUUUACUAGGAAUUAUUUGUGUUUUCUCUUUUUUCUCCACAGGCUUUUUUCUUUACUGGUUCGGUGGUCCUUUCAUAUGCUGCAGCCUUCAUUGUUUCAGUGUGUGUCGAGUUUCCGAUGAUACAACUGGAGAAGCUGAUUUUUAAAACGAAACGCUGAGUUCUGACGUCAAAUAAUAAAGGGUCUAUGUCAUGAGAAUAUUUGUUGGCUUCACACUAGAAGCGAAGUUAAUUUCAAGUAAGCACUUGAUUCAAGUUUAGUGCACUUGGAAAUCUUAAGUCGCUCUGUAGAAAACAUAGCUCAGUACACUUGUUGACAAAGUAUAUUACCUGAAGUAAAAGCUGUCAAUUCGUCCGUUCAUUAGAAUCUUGGAACCGCUACACGAGCACAUGGCACAUAACGUUUCCAUGGUCACCAAUUACGUUUACGUUUCCAUGGUCACGUUUCCAUGGUCACCAAGUAAAGUUGAAAUAGGUACAUUUUACCUCUUCACAUUCAAAGUAGGUUCUAAGUACACUUACAUUAUACUUGAAGCUCUAGUGUGAAGCCAACAAUUGCUGUGUUUGAUCAAUCCUGUGCAGAAGUCAUUACUUAUCGAUACUAAGUACCUUAAAGCAUACGCAAAGUUCUCCUGCAAAGUUAUGAAGAAGAAAUCAAACAAAUUUCUUCAGGGUGCACUAACCAUAAUAAUUUUUUGGUGAUCUUUGUAAACAUAGCAUUGUAACUUUUUUAAAAUGCUUUAUUAACCACAUAAAUCACAAAUUAUACAGCAAAGAAAGGGAACAAAAUAAUAAUAAAAUAAAAUAACUAACUUACACUUAAACUUACAAGUAAAGUAAGCAAUUAUAACAAAUAGUAAUUACAAUUGAGUAGGAAACGAGAGGGGAAAAUACCUAUUUUCAAACAAAAUUGCUAGGAGAUACAAACCAUUUCUUUUUAGAGAAGUGAGUUGUUUCACUAUGAACACUAAUAAGUCGUUCAGUUUCAUACUUUGCCACAAUCUUUACAUUUUCGGAAAGGAGGUGAUUUCUUAAAAUCUUAUUGAGCAAAAUGAUCUCGUAAACAAGUUUGUUCUUUCCCUCUUGAACCGUGAAAGGGGCAGAGUCCAAUAUCUUCAAGUGCAAACUGCGUUCGUGACAGUUAUUUUUGAAACCCUUGAGUCAAUUAGAUUACAGCUGUUUCGGAUAGCACCCGACCUGCGAUGUCAAAAACGUCUUUGGAUUUGGGGUUUUUCUGCAACGUCAAUCAAAAUCUUAAGAAUCGGCGCUUUCUCGCCUUCAGAUCUUAGCGGAUGUCUUAGGAAACAAAAGGUCGUGGUUUGUGAUUUGUGAUUGGUGGAUUUCGAUCCGUUUUGGGUGUUUUUGUGUUUCAAGGUUCGUUGCUUUUGAACUUCUGUGUUCGGUCGCAUGUUAUUGAAAGUGCAGUAAGUUUUAGCUUAGCUCUAACAUGGGCUCCUGGCUCUAAGUUUUUUUAUCUUCUUUAUACUAAAACAUGGCAAGUCUACUUGCUCAUAAGAGGCUAAUGGGGAUGUUGUUGGGGAUGUGCCGCUGGAUGUGGUCGCAUUUUCAUGACCGGAUUGACUAUAAUGGGGUCGUAUUUUCAAUAGAGUUACUAGAAUGGGGUCGCACGUUUUCUGAUUUUUUUGGGUAAGAUAGUUCUUCAUAUCUACGGUUAGCAAACGUACCAGAAUGUUUGUACUGUAGAUGAAAACAGGAGCCCAUAAUCCAGAGCGAGCAACUUCCAUACUAGGCCUAAGUCACGGCGUUUUUACGAACCAGUUUAUUUUUAGACACAUCAUAGGGCACUUUUUCCAGCGAAAAUAGAAUCUCCACCAUGUCUAUGAGCGCAUUCGAAGUAUAAGAUAUCAAAAACUAA